CGCCGUUAUUAUCAUCUCCCAGACCUGAGUUGUAGACCAUGGCGGACAUCUCUCCCUUCUGGGCCGCUGUCGCCGUGGUAGGCGUCGUAUACCUCAUAAAGUGGCGGUCGAACCCGCUCAACUCUAUUCCCACUGUUGGCGGAUCCUCCCUCCCGUUCCUGUCCUUCUUCAGUGCAAUCAACUUCACGCUGAACAGCAAAAGGAUGAUCAUGGAAGGGUACAAGAAGUACUAUGGCUCCGUCUUCAAAGUCCCCUUGCUCGACCAGUGGAUUGUGGUGGUUUCUGGACCGAAGAUGGUAGACGAACUCCGUCGGCGGCCGGAUGACGAGCUCUCGUUCUCGGAGAGCGUCGCAGACUCCAUGCAAAUCAGGUACACUCUGGGCGCUGACACCGAAGACGACCCCUACCACGUCGAUAUCAUCAAGGAGAAGCUGACGCGCAGCGUCCCGGCGAUUCUGCCGGAGGUGAUUGACGAACUCACCCUGGCGGUCCCACAACACAUCCCAGCCAAGACCGAUGAAUGGCUCGAGGUCCCUGUAAUGACUGCCAUGCAACAGAUUAUCGCACGCGCGAGCAACCGUGUCUUCGUCGGGCUCCCCGUCUGUCGCGACCAGGAGUACCUCGACCUUUCGAUUUCGUUCACUAUCGAUAUCGUUAAAGACAAGACUAUCGUUAAGUUCUUCCCCGAAUUCAUGCGAUCAUUCAUCGGAAGGAUCUCGAGCAACGUACAGAGCACGCUAUACAAGGCCAUUCCGCACCUGAAGGUCGCUAUUGAUGCGCGCCGCGAGAUGAUGGAGAAAUACGGAGAUGACUGGACGGACAAGCCGAACGACCUACUGCAAUGGAUCAUGGACAUAGCGCGGGAAAGGGAUUUCUCCGACGAGGCCAUUGCGCGCAGGAUCAUGCUCGUCUGCUUCGCUGCCAUCCACACAUCCUCUAACACCGUGACCCACGCCAUCUAUCAUCUCGCGGAGCAUCCAGAGUGUCUUCAACCUCUGCGCGAGGAGAUGGAGCCCAUUUUGAAGGAAGAGGGCUGGACGAAGAAUGCGAUGGGCAAGAUGUGGAAGCUCGAUAGCUUCCUCCGGGAGUCCCAACGGUACAACGGCAUUGGACUUACAUCGCUGGGUAGAAAGGCGAUGAAGGACGUGACGCUGCACGAUGGCACCUUCAUACCGCGCGGGUCGUUUGUUGUCGCCGCGGCCGACGCCACGCACCACGACGACUCGGUUUACGCGACCCCGGACGUCUUCGACCCCUUCCGCUUCUCGGACAUGCGUGAACAGGAUGGCGAAGGUACCAAGCACCAGUUCGUGAACACCUCCGUGGAUUACAUCGCCUUCGGGCACGGCAAGCACGCUUGCCCUGGACGGUUUUUCGCGGCCAACGAGCUGAAGUCGUUGCUUGCCUUCAUCAUUCUGAACUACGACCUCAAGCUCGGAGGUGACGGGGAGAGGCCUCGCAACAUCUACUGGGGCCUGAACGUCAUUCCGGCGCCGAAAGGGAAGGUCUUGUUCAGGAAGCGCGAGGCGUCGGUGUAGUGAGGUCGAUGCGGUUAUCCGUUGUGUACAUCAUGUAUCUAUUACAAGCAUAAGUCGGGCUAUCGACUACACGUCCCGAUCGCUACGCACUACAGACG